CAUGCUCAGAAUCAAGGCUUCGCGGCUCUGACCUUUCCCCCACCGUCUCCCUUUCCAUUUUCUCCUCUCCUCGUCUCUCUCUGUGCCCCCAAAAGGGAAACCCUACUUGCCGUUCGGUAUCAAGCCUUUCCGUAUUCCUCUCGAUUCCCUCCGGUCAAAGACCCGCCGUCCAUCGGCUCCUAACAGAGAUCGAAGCUAUGAUGUUGGGCGUUCUCAAGAGGAGAGUCUCUUCUGGUGCUGCAUCUUCUUCGAUAUUGAAGCAGUCUUUGCAGAACGUUCGAGCUGCAGCAUCUACGCCUAGAGCCGCUUCUGUCGCUGAGGCAGAGGUUUUGCUUGCUCCAAGAGGCAUUGGACAUGUCCGGAAUUAUAGUCGCCUUGUUUUACAGGUUCUACAGUUAGUUUGACGCCCAAAAGGGAUGUUUUUGCAACCAUAGACCUAAUGGGCACUAAGCAAAUUUGGAGCAAGGGCUUUUCGUCUGAUAGUGCGGAUUUGGUUGAGGCUGUUGUACCUUUCAUGGGUGAAUCUAUUACUGAUGGCACUCUCGCUACAUUCUUGAAGAAACCUGGUGAUAGGGUGGAAGUUGAUGAACCCAUUGCACAAAUCGAGACAGAUAAGGUGACAAUUGAUGUUGCUAGUCCGGAAGCAGGUGUGAUAAAAGAGUUUGUUGCGAAAGAAGGAGAUACCGUGGAGCCAGGAACCAAGGUUGCUAUCAUUUCAAAGUCUGGUGAAGCGGCUCAUGUUGCUCCAUCUGAAAAAAUACCUGAGAAAGCUGCUCCAAAGCCAUCUGAAAAGAAAGAAGAGGUAAAGCAGACACCUAAACCUGAGGUUGCUGCAGAGAAGCCCAAGAAAUCAACUGCAGCUGCAUCAACUCCUAAACAAACUGCUUCAGAACCUCAGCUUCCCCCCAAGGACAGAGAAAGACGUGUAAGUUGUUUGCCUUGUCAGGUUCCAAUGACUAGGCUUCGCAAAAGAGUUGCGACCCGAUUGAAGGACUCGCAAAAUACUUUUGCCUUGCUGACAACAUUCAAUGAAGUUGAUAUGACUAAUUUGAUGAAGCUUCGCUCCGAGUACAAGGAUGCUUUUUAUGAAAAGCAUGGUGUGAAGUUGGGGCUUAUGUCUGGGUUCAUCAAGGCUGCAGUCUCCGCACUCCAGCAUCAGCCUGUUGUAAAUGCAGUCAUCGAUGGGGAUGAUAUCAUAUAUAGGGAUUACGUAGACAUUAGUAUAGCUGUUGGGACUCCAAAGGGUCUUGUUGUGCCAGUAAUUCGCAAUGCCGACAGGAUGAAUUUUGCUGAUAUUGAGAAGGAGAUUAAUACCCUUGCAAAGAAAGCAAAUGAUGGAACCAUUUCAAUUGAUGAGAUGGCAGGAGGUUCAUUUACCAUAUCGAAUGGUGGUGUUUAUGGAAGCCUUUUGAGUACUCCCAUCAUCAACCCUCCUCAGUCUGCAAUAUUGGGGAUGCACUCGAUUGUGAGCCGCCCAAUGGUUGUUGGAGGCAAUGUUCUCCCAAGGCCGAUGAUGUACGUUGCUCUCACCUAUGACCAUAGGCUGAUUGACGGGAGAGAGGCUGUGUUCUUCUUGCGCCGCAUCAAGGAUGUGGUGGAGGAUCCUCGCAGGCUGCUUCUUGACGUCUAAGGAGGACUAAAGCUAGAGAGAGAGGAGGUGUUAAAGAACUGGUGAAUUCUCUUCUUCCAUGCCCUAUAAUGUAUGGGUUUCGUUUGACAAGAAAGAAUAAACAGCACUUCCUUGAGACCUGCGCAAAGUUUUGUAGGGUUCUGUUGGUUGGCCCAUAUAAAAAUUGAGUUUUUUCCCAGUACAGUAGCGGCUUUUGCUAUGACUUGGUCUUUGAUCAAAGAACAGUCAGGUUUGUAGUCAUUCAAUAUUUUUUCCUGUUGGCUUAUGCUUAUACGAUGGAUAUUUAACUCCGUGAAGCCGCAAGUUGGUAAACAUUUGCAAGUGAGCAUUUUUGCUGUUCUGAUAUUUUGCUGAUAAGGUGUUACUGUUGACUAUGGGAUAGAACA